UACCUGACAAACUCUCCACUCAUCCUCUAUCCUUUCACUUUAGCAAAACAAGGAUAUAGGCCUAUCUACUCGAGGAUCAGCACUCCUUUACCUUCACUGAUCUAGAAUCUACUUGACCAAGUCAUUUUAUCUGGUCCGUCAUACAGACUCGUUUUUAACUCUAAGAACUGACGCACUUGUUUUGAAUGGACUGUAACGAAGCAUGACACUGAGAGAGGACACUGCUGGCAGUUACCACUUCUAGUCAUGAACGCCUGGUCGUGGGACAGUCAACCGAAACUUCAACCAGUAGCAGAAGUUCGGCGGAGUCACUUUCUGAACAGCAUGGACUCUGCCAGCACCAGGAAGCCCGACACCGGCCCGUGUCUGUCGUCAGGUCACAGACGCUGCUCUGAUGGCAGCUGCAUCGCUCGUGUUGACCUCUGUCCUGAGGACAAAGUUGUGAACCAGAACACAAUUCUGAUCAUGGUGGUGGUGGGUAUGGCAGUGGUUGUGUUCCUCCUGCUUCUCUACUGCUUUCAACAACGGGCCCAAAGAUUCCGACAACAGCAAGACCAGAGCAGGUCCGAGGUUGGCCAUGAAGAUGGGGACAAUGCGUCCUUGAACAUGCCCCCCCCAACGUAUGACGAAGUAAUCAACACCAACCUGUACCCCCCAACACCUGUGCUACAACGCAAUAUCCGAAUACCCUCAUCAGAGGAGCCAAUCACCCCUCCCCCGAAUUAUGACACCGCCCUGACCAUCCUGGCCAACAGCCUCGACUCAGUCGUUCCAUCAAAGUCGGAACCUAAGAGCCCCGUGGUGAGGCGUUCUGUGUCCACAGAUUUCAGUCUGAAUGGAGGCGCUCGUUCUUCCCGCUCGUCUGAGUCGGAUUAUCGCCGUUUUUUCUCCAGUCAGGAUCCAAGAUAGUAGCGGGAGCACAAGUUUUUCACAGCAUGUAGGGAGGUGUGGGGCUGGACUAGUGAGGUUGUUCGUCCUGAAGAAAUACAGUGAUAUUUAAGGUAUUUCACACACAGUACAUUUCACUUUCAAGGAAAGAUGUACAACUUUCGUAGACUUGGCGUUUUGAGGAAUAAGUUCAGUCUAUGUGAGAAUUUAUGGCAUUUUGAGCUGCACAAAGAUGGAACAUUUAGAAACGGCUGUUUUCCUUUACAACAGUUUAUUGCUUUAUAUAAAUUUAGUAUUUUGAGGAAUUGAGUUAUUUGCUUUUGAAAGAUUUUAUUUUUGAUAAUUAAUUUUUUUGCAUAACGAAGAUGGUAUUUUGAAAAAUGGGCCUGUUUCUCUGAGAAGAAAUAUUCUCAUACAGAGGAGCGAGUUAGUUCUUGUACUUAAAUGACAUUUUUGUACAUGAACCUAACAGUACUUGAUGGUGCAUACAAGUGGUUAGGCACUUCACCAUCUCACAUAGAAGACCCAAGUUCAGUUUGUGUGUCAGGGGGAUUUUUGUCGAGAGUCUUGGUCUUUCUCCUGGGAUGUUGUAUCCCCCUUCAGCCCGGGUUGGUCUUGGCAGACAGGAUCAAAGCCCACUUCUUUAAUUAUGUGCCACGACGCAGUGGAAUCAGGCGCUCAUCAAUGUUUGAGCAUAUGGAAUUAACGGUAUCAUUUUAAUGGUUGUUUUUUUGCCUUGCUUUUGAUGAAAAAAAAUGUCCAUUCAUCUUGAGCAGAAGUCGAGAUAUUUGCUAUUGAAGGAGGUGGGUCGCCUGGUUUCAGUUUCAUAAAAUCCAUACUUUAAAGUGUCUUUGAAUGGACAUACAAGGUGUUGAGCCAAUAACAAAAAUUCGGAAAAAAAUUUCCUGUCUGGCUGAAAAAUGCUGAUUUCUCGGAUUUCAUUAUUUUGACGAGCGCCUGAUUUCACCACGAUGCCUCACAAAUGAUUCUAAAUGUGUCGAUAGCUUUGUAAAAAAAGCCUCAGAAUCUUUUAAAAAAAAUUUCCUUUGCUGAGAUGGGAAGCCGCAUCCUCUGGCAAGGGUCGAGUUUUGACAAGUUUCUUUGUGGAAUGAGAUUUUGACAGUGGUUUCCUCUACCAAUCUGUAAGUUAAAUAUUACCCUACUCUGAGCUUUUAUAUCCAGAAGCAAAAAUAGUUGCUUUGUUUUUGCUGCUAAAUUUCUUUUCUUUUGUAUUCUUUUUUGUUUGUUUUUGUUGUUCCUUUGAUAGCUUGUAUGGUUCGAUUGUGGCUGCUGUACAAAUAGCAAUGCGUGAGAUGUUUUGAAUAAAUCAUUUUUUUAUUACAGAUGUGAAGAUUAUAAUGAAAAGAAAGGAACAACAGAACGCUAGGACUAAUUUUGUGUUUUUCUUCCAGACUUGCAUUUUCUUUUCCCUAGUGUCUUUGUGUUGUGCACACACUUUUCUCAUAAAGGGAAAUUAAGGCCUAAAUUCCAAAUGUGAAUUAUGUAGUUUUCUUUAUAGGCUCAUAUGAAAUUAAUAAUACAACAUAAUGGAUGCUUUAUACUUAAUGAUGCAGAAUUGUUUCAUGAAUUCUUGAAUUGUUACCUGAAACUGUUGGAUUCAAUCUUUUAAAUUUAAACCCACUGGCCCCCCUCCCCCAACACCCGUGUACCAUCCAGCUUUCCAUAUUCUAACAGUAACAGUGAACUACUGGCCAGUCUGUUUUUGUAGCAGAAUCAUAAAUAUCAUAUAUAUGGGCCGAGGAAUUUACGAGGUCGGCUUAUUGCUGUCUCCACAUGUUGCAAGUGUUUCCUUGUCGCCUGUAUCGGGUAUCGUUCGAAUAGUUUUGGAGGCUGCCAUUUAAA